AUACAUUUGUUUCGCAUCUAUAGUGAAGCAGACGCAGACAGAGGAAUACACAACAGAGACAUCGGCGUCUUUGAAGUGUUUUAGUAAAACAUUUUCAAAAAUAACUUAAGUAAAAAAAGUAUACAGAAAAUAAAGAAAUUAAAACUUUGAAUAAAAAAUCUUAAUUCUAACAAUUGUAUGUUCAGAAUACUAUAAUGUCGGGGACGAUACUAGAGAAUCUAAGUGGACGUAAGUUAUCCAUAUUGGUGGCAUUAUUGUUGCUUUGUCAAGUGGCUUGCUUCUUGUUGGGUGGUCUUUUUGCACCAGUACCGGCCGGUCAUCAGAACAUUUUGGGCAUGGUGUGUCGUGAUCAGAAGGAACGCCAAAAUGACACUACAUUCUGGUUGUAUUCUCGUGGUGACGGACAAUGUUCUUCGAUAUCGCAGGAAGAAAUCGAAAAUCAUGAUACUAAAAUGGCCAAUGGAAUAGUGUAUUUAUUCCAAAUGCCCUUGCCAAGAGAUGGUAAGCAGCUGGAUUAUUCGAGGUGGCAGCAAAAUUUAAUUGGUGUUCUACAAGUGGAUUUGGCAUAUGUUUCGGAUGGUAGCCUCAUGGAACCACCUAAGGAUCUCCAGCUAACCAUUGAUACGCGUUUAGCAUACCGCAAUAAGGAAGACGCAGCCAGUGAUUGGAAAUUAUAUGCUCACUCUAUAGAACAGCGUUAUCUAGACUGUCAUCCAGUGCAUAAAAGUCAACAAGAGACUUUGUAUUCCUGUGAAAUGAUUCCACUAUUCGAAUUGGGUUCUCUGCACCACGACUACUAUUUGCUGAACUUGCGUUUUCCCAUAGAUACCGAUAUGAAGAUGAAUUUGAAAAUUGGCCACAUGCAUGACUUAACCCUAACGGCCAUUUAUCAAAAUGGUGGUUUUACAAAGGUGUGGUUAUCGUUGAAAACCAUUCUUUUUCCCUUCAUUGUUGCCAUUAUGAUUUGGUUCUGGCGCCGUGUUCACAUACUUCAACGUUCGCCGGCUCUUUUAGAAUAUAUGCUAAUAUAUUUAGGUGGUGCUUUGACGUUUUUAAAUCUUCCUCUAGAAUUUCUAUCAUUAAGCCUAGAAAUGCCCUAUAUGCUUUUGUUAAGCGAUAUCCGUCAGGGUAUAUUCUACGCCAUGUUAUUGUCUUUUUGGUUGGUCUUCGCCGGAGAGCAUAUGUUGAUACAGGAGUCGCCCCAAAAGAAUUCCAUACGUUCACGCUACUGGAAACAUUUGUCGGCCGUUGUUGUGGGCUGUUUGUCAUUGUUUAUCUUUGACAUAUGUGAGAGGGGUGUUCAAUUGCGCAAUCCUUUCUAUUCGAUAUGGACAACACCGCUCGGCGCAAAGGUUGCCUUAAGUUUUAUCAUAUUGGCGGGCAUUUCGGCAGGUGUUUACUUUCUUUUUCUGUGCUUUAUGGUGUUUAAAGUAUUUCGGAAUAUUGGUGCCAAACGAACUUCCCUGCCUUCUAUGUCGCAAGCCAGGCGUUUGCAUUACGAAGGUUUGAUUUAUCGCUUCAAGUUUCUAAUGUUGGCCACAUUAUUGUGUGCUGCUCUCACUGUUGUCGGUUUCAUAAUGGGUCAAGUCGCUGAAGGCCACUGGAAAUGGGAUGAGGAUAUUGAAAUUCAAUUAACUUCAGCCUUCCUCACCGGUGUCUAUGGUAUGUGGAAUAUCUACAUAUUUGCUUUACUCAUCUUAUAUGCUCCCAGUCACAAACAGUGGCCUUGUGCCAAUUCUAAUGAAACUUCACAGUCGAACGAAAAUAUUGUAGCGGCUGCCGCUAAUGAAGAAAUUGAAUUUAAUAACUUACCUUCAGAUUCAAAUCCCAGUGAAAUUUCAUCUCUCACAUCAUUUACACGUAAAGUAGCUUUUGAAUAAAUAUAAAAAUGCUUUUUGUAUGUCUUCUUAAAAUGAAAUUAUUAAUUAAAAUAUUAAAAGUAAUUAUGAUAUUUAAAAUAAGUUUUCUAAGUACUUAUAAAGCUAUAGUAUUGUUUAUUUAUUAAAAAAAUCCGAAAAUAUUUAAACAAUUAUUUGUAGGCGUACUUUUAAAGAAUAGUUUUAAGUUUUAAAGAUCGCCCUAAAGGAAGAAUCUGAUAAGUAUUGAAAAAUUCACAUGACUUUCAAAACUUAUCUAUAAUUUUUUUCUUUAAGGAACAAAAUUUCAUUAUAAAAUAUAUGUUUUAAUAUUCUUUUAAUAUAUAAUAAUCAGUAUUAAAAAGUUUAUAUUUAUUAUAGAAUAU